UCAAGUGUUAAUAUUUGCGACACAUCCGCACCACCAAUUUUCAACACACCGACGCCUUUACGGAAGUUCGGUGCUGUUGAACGUGAGACCAGAAGUUUGUAUUCAGAUUUUGAGUACAGCCAGCCUGGCUGCUGUGGGAAAGUGAGAUGCAAGCUAUAAGAAGUUUCUUUCGGGCUCCCUGGUCCUCUGCUCAAAGGUUAGAUGGCAAAACUGUGGUCAUCACUGGUGCCAACGCUGGUAUUGGCAAAGAGACCGCCAUCGACUUGGCGAAGAGAGGGGCAAGGGUCAUCAUGGCAUGCCGCGACAUGGGGAGAGCACAGGCCGCCGCAAAAGAUGUCACUGAGAGUUCAGGCAACAAAGACGUUGUCUGCAUGAAACUAGACUUGGCAGAUAGCAAGUCGAUAAGAGAAUUCGCUGAAGCCAUCAACCAAGAAGAGCCCAAACUCAACAUCCUCAUCAACAAUGCUGGUGUAAUGGCUUGUCCUUAUGGGAAAACCGCAGAUGGCUUCGAGAUGCAGAUCGGUGUCAAUCACAUGGGUCACUUCCUGUUGACAUAUUUGUUGACUGACCUGAUUAAGAAAUCGGCACCAGCCAGGAUCGUCACAGUGUCUUCCAUGGCUCACUCCUGGGGUCCCAUCAACCUCGAAGACAUUAACAGUGAGAAGAGAUAUGACAAAUGGAAAGCCUACUACCAGAGCAAGCUAGCCAAUGUCCUCUUCAGUCGCUCUUUGGCUAAGAGACUAGAAGGCACAGGUGUGACGACAUAUUCCCUCCACCCUGGAGUCAUCCAGACUGAUUUAUGGCAUCAUCUGAGUGGCAUUGAACAGUUUUUCAUAAAGAUGGCCAGACCCUUCACCAAAAACUCUGUGCAGGGAGCUCAGACCACCAUUUACUGUGCAGUGGAACCAUCAUUGGAGAAAGAGAGCGGUGGAUACUACAGUGACUGUGCUCCUGCCGAUUGCUCAGCGGCCGGUAAAGACGACGACCUGGCGCAGAAGUUGUGGGAGCUGAGCUGUCAGCAGCUGUCGAUAACGUGGGAAUGAAGCAUUUAAAAUGAAAUGCAUCACAGUCUGUUGUGUUUGUUUACUAACUGGUAUAAUACAUCUAAUCUCUCUACUGACUGCCAAGAAAUAAUGUGCAAAAGAUUAUCAAUAACAGUAGUUUUCUUAUUGUCAUGUACUUUGCCAACACUUCCUGUAUGCAUUUGUUUUACACACUACCAUACAUAUGUAUUUGUAUAUGGCACUAUUUUUAAUUAAGGGAAUAAUAAUGGAUAUUGGAUAUUUGGCUCAAAAGAAAACCCUUUCCAAUGAGUCACACUACUGUUAUGUACAAGUUAAAUGUUUCAAAUUUUUUUCCUCCACCUCUGACAUUAAACUCAGUGUUGCACUCUAUGUUUUUGCUAUUGCCUUGAACAUUAUGGAUAUUUCAAUCAAUUGGGUGCAAAGAAUCUAUCAAGCAAUCAGUCAAAAUUACGCAUUAUAAUGUUAUGAAUACAUUGUGAUAGAUUAUUGUAUCGUUUCUCCACUGAUUUUGGUUUAUUAUCUACUGCAGUUCCCCGAGUUCGUCAUUUUUACUAUGAGAUAAUGUCAUAGUGAUAAUUAUUUUUGCAUCUGAUUUGGGCAGAGAAUGUACCAUAUUGAUUUUCGAGAAUAAAGGUCUGAACAAAUUGC